ACAAGCAAUCGAAGUAAUGUCAAAUACAGAUGUGAUAAUGGAUACCAAUUAAGUGGACCAGAGGAAAGUAUCUGCAUUGGUGGGAACUGGUCCUUACCUCCGAUCUGUUUAAAGACGGAAAAAAAAUGUCCAGCACCUCCAAGAAUCAUCUAUGGAGAAAUGAAAUCCUUAGUCCAUACAGAAUACCCUUCCGGAUCUACAGUAGAAUAUCAAUGCCAGCAGCUUUACAAGCAUCAGGGAAAUCUAACAAUUGUAUGUGAAAAUGGAAGUUGGUCAGAUGUCCCUGUUUGUUUGGAACCAUGCACAGUAAGUCAGAAAGACAUGACAAAAAAUAACAUACAGCUAAGGUGGAAAACAGAUAAUAAAUUGUAUUCUGAACAUGACAACACUGUGGAGUUUAUCUGCUCCCCUGGAUUUGAAAUUCAGCCAUCUUCAACGCUUCGAGUUAAAUGCAACAGAGGAAAAUUAAUGUACCCUAGAUGCUUUAAGCAAGGCUCCUGCAUUUUAUCAAAAAAAGUGAUGUUGAUAAAUUAUAUUGUGCUGCCAGAUACACAUUUGGAAAUUGAAGAUGGGGAGAGCAUGCAGUUUCAAUGCAUCAAGGGAAUGAUUCCAGAACAGGAGCUCAGAGUUACAUGUAGUAAAGGUGAAAUAAAUUACCCAAAGUGUAAUAAACAGAAUGAGCAUAAAUGUGAAAACCCACCUUCUAUAAGAUUUGGACAAAUUGAACCAACAAGCAAUCGAAGUAAUGUCAAAUACAGAUGUGAUAAUGGAUACCAAUUAAGUGGACCAGAGGAAAGUAUCUGCAUUGGUGGGAACUGGUCCUUACCUCCGAUCUGUUUAAAGACGGAAAAAAAAUGUCCAGCACCUCCAAGAAUCAUCUAUGGAGAAAUGAAAUCCUUAGUCCAUACAGAAUACCCUUCCGGAUCUACAGUAGAAUAUCAAUGCCAGCAGCUUUACAAGCAUCAGGGAAAUCUAACAAUUGUAUGUGAAAAUGGAAGUUGGUCAGAUGUCCCUGUUUGUUUGGAACCAUGCACAGUAAGUCAGAAAGACAUGACAAAAAAUAACAUACAGCUAAGGUGGAAAACAGAUAAUAAAUUGUAUUCUGAACAUGACAACACUGUGGAGUUUAUCUGCUCCCCUGGAUUUGAAAUUCAGCCAUCUUCAACGCUUCGAGUUAAAUGCAACAGAGGAAAAUUAAUGUACCCUAGAUGCUUUAAGCAAGGCUCCUGCAUUUUAUCAAAAAAAGUGAUGUUGAUAAAUUAUAUUGUGCUGCCAGAUACACAUUUGGAAAUUGAAGAUGGGGAGAGCAUGCAGUUUCAAUGCAUCAAGGGAAUGAUUCCAGAACAGGAGCUCAGAGUUACAUGUAGUAAAGGUGAAAUAAAUUACCCAAAGUGUAAUAAACAGAAGCCUUGCCGAUUGUCAUUAGAAGAAAUCAACAAGAAUAAUUUAAUAAUGAGAGUGGCCAUUACUAAAGAUAGUAUGUAUGAUCAUGGAGUGAAAAUACCCCUUCGGUGUAAACCUGGAUUUUUCACUGUAUCUGUUUUAAGUUUGGAGUGCUAUAAUGGAGUAAUGAGAUAUCCCACCUGCUUUAACGAACGACCCUGUCGUUUAAAUCAAGAAUACCUGGAUAGAAAUCAUUUAGAGCUUGAUCCAGUUAAUGAUGACAAAGUAUAUUAUAAUAAUGGUGAGAAAAUUGAGUUUCUCUGCAAACCAGGGUAUAAAAGUAUCUCUGAUGUAACUGGACUGUGCAUUAAAGAAGAUAUUAUCUAUCCUUUCUGUUAUGAAAGCGGAGACUGA